CAACCACGCCUGGCCUCGACUAGUCCGACGGCCAUAUUGAAUGUCUUCACAAAUCGCCUUACGGUGGAUCUCAAUUGCACGGUUUUUUCACUCAUGUCCGUUCUAACAGGCUUCACGAGAACAUUGGAGGUGACAAGGGUACAUUAAAUAUAGUCGUUUAGUUUACAGCUUGGAUAACCUGAAAGCAUUGAAUACUCAGGAUUUUGUCGGUCUUUGAAGCCUUAGUCCUUCACCAGAGGUCCUGUGAAGCAGGGAAGCUAUCCAUCCUGUGACAGUUGUCUUCUCAGCUGCCGGGUGAAGGGAGGAGAGGAGACAAACAUGCCGAAACCGAUUAAUGUGCGGGUCACCACCAUGGAUGCAGAGCUGGAGUUUGCCAUCCAGCCCAACACCACUGGCAAACAGCUCUUUGACCAGGUGGUGAAGACGGUGGGGCUUCGAGAGGUCUGGUUCUUCGGACUGCAGUACGUGGACAGCAAGGGUUACAGCACGUGGCUGAAGCUUAAUAAAAAGGUGACAGCCCAGGACGUAAAGAAGGAGAACCCUCUGCAGUUUAAGUUCCGGGCCAAGUUCUUCCCUGAGGACGUGUCUGAGGAGCUGAUCCAGGAGAUCACACAGAGACUCUUCUUCCUGCAGGUGAAGGAGGCCAUUUUGAACGAUGAGAACUACUGUCCCCCGGAGACUGCCGUGCUGCUGGCAUCCUACUCUGUCCAGGCCAAGUACACCGACUACAACAAAGACAGCCACAAGCCUGGCUACCUCACCAACGACAGACUGCUGCCACAGAGAGUCCUGGAGCAGCACAAGCUCACCAAGGAGCAGUGGGAGGACCGGAUACAGACCUGGCAUGAGGAGCACCGAGGCAUGCUCAGAGAGGACUCUAUGAUGGAGUACCUGAAGAUAGCUCAGGACCUGGAGAUGUACGGAGUCAACUACUUUGAGAUCAAGAACAAGAAGGGGACAGAGCUGUGGCUGGGAGUGGACGCCCUGGGACUCAACAUCUACGAACACGAAGACAAACUGACACCAAAGAUCGGCUUCCCUUGGAGCGAGAUCCGAAACAUCUCCUUCAACGACAAGAAGUUUGUCAUCAAACCCAUCGACAAGAAAGCUCCAGACUUUGUGUUCUACGCACCACGUUUGCGGAUCAACAAGCGGAUCCUGGCUCUGUGUAUGGGGAACCACGAGCUGUACAUGAGGAGGAGGAAGCCUGACACCAUCGAGGUGCAGCAGAUGAAGGCCCAGGCCAGAGAGGAGAAACACCACAAACAGCAGGAGAGAGCCCAGCUGGAGAACGAGAAGAAGAAACGAGAGCACGCAGAGAAAGAGAAGGAGAGAAUAGAGCGAGAGAAGGACGAACUGAUGGAGAGACUGAGGCUGAUCGAGGACCAGACGAUGAGGGCCCAGGAAGAGUUGGAACAGCAGACACGCAGGGCCCUGGAGCUGGAGCAGGAGAGGAAGAGAGCCAGGGAGGAGGCGGAGAGACUGGAGAGGGAGAGGCAGGCAGCGGAGGAGGCCAAGGCGGAGCUGGCCAGGCAGGCAGCUGACCAGAUGAAGAACCAGGAACAACUGGCCGCUGAGCUGGGCGAGUUCACCGCCAAAAUAGCCCUGUUGGAGGAAGCCAAGAGGAAAAAGGAAGAGGAGGCCACUGAAUGGCAGCAGAAGGCCAUCUCAGCCCAGGACGACCUGGAGAAGACCAAGGAGGAACUGAAGACUGUGAUGACGAUCCCGUCGACGCCAGCGGGCGGCUCCACGGAGAGCGAGCACGAGGAGCAGGACGAGAACCACGCCGAGGAUGCCGCCGAGCUCUCCCUGGAGGGCGUGAGUGCCCUGGACCUGCGCAGCGAGGAGGAGCGCGUCACCGAGGCCCAGAAGAACGAGCGCCUCAAGAAACAGCUGCAGGUGUUGAGCUCGGAGCUGGCUGAAGCCAUAGACGAUACCAUGAAGACCCAGAAUGACAUGCUUCACGCGGAGAACGUGAAGGCCGGGAGAGACAAGUACAAGACCCUACGUCAGAUCCGCCUGGGCAACACCAAGCAGCGCAUCGACGAGUUUGAGUCCAUGUGAUCUGUUCUGGGUUCCCCCAUCCGUUCGUUGGCGACUCGCUUUUCGUCAGAACAGCAGGCGCUGUCCCUCCUACACUCACCCUUUACCCCGUACCCAUACCCGCAAAGGUUCCAGAGGGCACGUCCGCCACCGCCUCAAACUUUGCCAAAGCUCUGCCCGCAUCUCCAUCAGGAAUCGGGCGCAAGCAACGCUUUGCACCAUUCCAAAAGUGGUAUUCUCCUUGUAUUGCAAAGGAUGUGUCUGUGCUUUGCUUUCAAAUAUCUAAUGUGGAGACGCAAGAAAAACCAAAAUGGGAAAGAUUAGAUUUUUAAGCGAACAGGGGUAUGGAAAGCUUUGUUCUUGCCAGAAAGCUAGUAUGCAAUGCUUUACUAUUACUGACUCUUGUCUUCAGUUGAACGUAUUGAUGCUGUCUGGUACUUUCAAACCUUUUUGCUUUUGUUCUGAUCUAUGGUUAUAACACGUUUUAUUGAAGCCCUGUUUGUUAAGUUCUCUGUUCUCAUUGUUAACUUUGACGGUAGAUUGGUCCGAGGCUGGUAGAGGCUUGUGUUAGUUAGGGGAUCGAUCCAUUCAGGUAUGUUGUGAACAAUUUUCAAAACAUUGAAUUGUUUUGAAAGAUAUGAGCCUAUGAGUAACAGGGUUGACGUGUUAUGAUCGACCCACUCCAUCUCCUACCACAAAAUGGCCAAAAAGAGUAGAACCAGCUCACCUGCUUUUACACUAUGAUUUGACUAUUAGAUAUUCAAUGUUUUCUUUUGGAGAAAAAUACAUUUAGAAAGGAAUAGUUUCACCAUAGUAAAGUGAGAGUUCAGUUGUCGUAACAGGGUUGACCUUAAAAUGAGAGAACAGGUGUUUUUGUAACCUUAAAAUGAAUCACUAAUCACAUGAAAUAAAGUCUUCAGAAAUGUCUUCGUCAAAGCAACAAAAUAACUAUUGCUUAACAAUGAUGGUGAAAACCUGGAGAAAUUGUUGUUAACUGGGUUAAAAUCUUAUUGGAAGACGGAGGCGAAUGCUGAAUUUUGCCACUAAGUCUUUAUUCACUAAAUCUGAUUUAUUGAAUUUACCAUGUGGUCUAUAUUAAAGGGCACUUCGUUUGAAAAGAACAGGCUUUUAAAAUGUCUAUAUUGAUUCACCAUUUCUACUUAAAAUAUCAAAGGGAUGCAAAAGGAAGUCAUUUUGUUGAACGGCCCUACCAUCUAGACUCAUCAGUGGAAAGCAUCAGUGGAAAGCCACUACACCAGUCUGGAGGAGAGGCGUGAGUCUUGAUGAAUGAAAGACUGGUCUCUAAUGGGAAGCCAAUGAUUUCACGUGAUAAGGUUGGCCAAGCCAAUCCAACACUGAGGACACGGCUGUGAGUCUGCAGUGGACUGUUCUGAUACUGUGCAGUAGUAAGGUUGAGAACUUCUGUGACCCAGGCUGUGUAGACAUGGUGUCUGUGUCCUGUGGUAUUGGAGCUGGUUUGACUGGUUAUCAUGAAGCUCUGUUUGGACUCGGGACCUGCAUGUCUGCCGACAGCCAACUGGGGCCAGAAUAGGACCAUGUUUCUCCUCUGUUGCUGGACUGAUCUGCUCACCGUUCUCUCUGCCACAGCUGUCAGCAGGAUGGAUGGAAACUCAAUGGCAGAGUGCCACCAUUUUAGGACUGUGAAGAGACAGACCAGUGCAGAUGUUAGAGGUGAAUGUGCCCCCCUAUUUAUACGCUCUCAUUAGAGGGACCCAGCCUCUUGGGUCAACCCCCCCACCUCAAUGUUAUGUUCAGUGGGAAUAGAGGACAGGCCAAUAAAAACAUUUUCAGACCUUGAUCUUUUCACUUACUGCAAAUCAAAUUAACUCCAGCAUUGUGGAUAAAUGUUACUGGUAAGUUUUGAAUUAACGGGAGUGUUCAGUUUUUUAAAAUUUGCAAUCGGAUGGAAUGUAUUUUUUGUUAUGCUACACUAGACAGCUGGUUUAACUUGAGAUCUUAAAGCCAGAGUUUUAAUCUGGAGGACAUUGAAGGGGCUUGACCCAAACCUGCCUUUUCGCUAACCCAGUGAGUGUCCAAAUAUAGGGGUUGUAUUUGCCAUAGCAGGUGAAAAAACUGUGCUUCCAACUGUUAUUUUUGUAACGUGUUCCAAGAUCAAACUAUCUACCAGCAUGCAUCAGUAGCUCACUGGAGGUGAAAAGAGAACUACUCUACAUGCCAGCAUCCCCCAUAUUUAGGGCAGGGUGCAUUGAGUUGGGCUUUUCCCAUUGGCUGAGCCUGUUAGCCUGCUUGUGAUGCCUGUGUUGGAACCAGCUGUCAUGUAUGUGGUUCAGUUUUUCCUUGUGUUCAUACUAGCGUUUCUGUAAGAUAAAGGCCCGCGUGGAGCUUAGUCCAUUGGUUUCACAAUAAAAGUUUAAAAUGAA